UAUGCAGGAUGUGGUGUAUAUGUAGAUAUUUUGCAAAAAAUUGAGCUCCUAACUUUGUUCCCCCCUCUUACCCUGUUCUUAUGUGGUGGUUGGUGUUUAAUGAACUUUCAAAUAUAGACGGUCUAGCCAUGUAAGGGUGUUCCUUUUGAUUUUGUUUCUAUAGUAUAUUUCAUGGAAGAUUAUUAUAAGUUGUUAGGAGUGACAUAUAAAGCAACAACUGAAGAAAUUAAAAAAAGGUGUCAAGAAUUACUUCUGAAGCACCACCCAGAUAAGCAAGCAUCUCAAAAAUCUGCAAGGAGUACCUCUUUUUUCUUAAAAAUUCAAGAAGCACGUAACAUUCUGUUAGAUGAUCAAAAAAGACAAGAUUAUGACAGGAGAUUGAAAGAGAAAGACCUUGAAAAUUUCCAUAGACCAAUAUAUUUAAAAGUAGAAGUUGAUGAAUUGGAAUUUGAUGAAGUUACAAAUGAGUAUUUCACCGAAUGUCGAUGUGGUGGUUCAUAUGUUGUACAUGAAGACGAAUUGAAAAGUGGUAGCAUUUGUAUUCCCUGUGAAGACUGCACGUAUUAUUUAGAAGUUAUCUCUAAGAAGGGCAAAUAAGUUUCAUUGGACGGAUUAUGAGGAUGGAGAUUCGAUGGGCGUUUAAUGCGUUGUCAUGGAAACCCACUAAACAGCAACUGCUCUCCGCCCUUUCCGCCGUGUCUCAGGAAGAAAACGAAAGAAUACAAAAAUUUC